AUGAAGAAGCUAUGUUCCAACUGUCUUCAUACAGGACACACGAAUUUAAAAGAUUGCUCUAGUCGUUUUCGGUGUCUGCACUGUAGUCAACCUCACCACACGAGUAUCCACAGCAACAAGGCUGCUUCCGGCUCUCACCCGAAGCCCACUUCGUCUCACACCGGUUGCCUACAGACCAAAACAUCGCCCAAAACCGUGAAUCACACAUCAACAGAAGUAUUCCCUUUCGUCUUCCUCAAAACGGCCAUAGCCAAUGUUUCUUCUCAUCAUGCCUCUCACUCGGCUAAUCUACUGAUUGACGAUGGUUCACAGCUCACCUAUAUCAACGCUCAACUCGCAAACAUCCUUCAUUUGCAUCCCAUUCGACGAGCAUUGCUGUGUCUCUCUGGAUUCAAAGGUUUUUCUGCCUCUUCUCCAGAACCAAGCUAUUAUGACGUAGUCAACCUUUGGCUCAAUGGUUUAAAUGGCAAUCGCGUCCAAAUUCAAGCGGUGGUCCUCCCUACAAUCGUAGAACCACUGGAAGAUCCUUAUCGUACUGCUCUCUUAUCCCUACCCCAUCUGAAGAAUAUUGUUUUGGCACACCCUCCAACGUCUAACGUUAAUUUUUCCGUCGAUAUUUUGAUUGGUGCUGACUCUUACUGGACCAUCGUUGACGACGAGAACGUGCACGUUCAAGGCCCUACGGCCGUCAACAGCCUUAUUGGUUACCUUAUCUCAGGUCCCCUUCCUGGAGCCGUCACUUCAAGUCAAAGAUCUUCCUAUCACAUUUCUGCCAGUCACCCUGGCGACGUUGAUCGUUUAUGGUCACUAGAAGCGAUUGGAAUAUUCCCAGAUGACGAGAAAGAUACCGAUGCAUCCAUUUAUCAGGCCAACUCAAUUUCUUUCCAAAACCGCCAGUACACAGCGAAUCUACCUUGGAAACCUACUCAUCCCGAGCUGCCUUCUAAUUACUUAAUCUGUCAAAAACGACCCCGAAACACAGUUCAAAGCCUGUUGAAGAAAUCACAAAUACUUCCACUCUACAGCAAGAUCAUCCGCGAUCAACUCACAGCUGGUUUCAUCGAAAAGGUUCCGCGCUCUCUUCCAACAAUUCGGAGUUGCCGUUACAUCCCACACUUUGCAAUGAUAAAAGAUUCAGCAACAACUCCCAUCCGCAUAGUGUAUGACUGCUCCUGUAAAACUCGUUCCGGGAUCAGUCUCAACGACUGUCUUUUGACUGGACCCCCCCUUCAAAAUGAUACGUUGCACAUUCUUCUUCGCUUCCGGAUUCACCAUAUCGGUAUUUCAUCCGAUAUUGAAAAAGCAUUCCGCAGGGUAUUGCUUUACGAAUCCGAUCGUGAUUUUGUCCGCUUUCUGUGGCUCAGCGACGACUCAGACCCUGAUUCUGAUUUUGAUAUCUACCGUUUUAAAGUUAUUCCCUUUGGAGCCAGUUGCAGCCCCUUUAUUCUGAAUUGUGUCAUCAAGGAACAUCUUUAA